AUGUAUCGGGAUGUGUCGAAUUUUGUUUUAUCAUGUGAUUUUUGUAUUCGACUGAAGCCCUAUUCCAUUAAACCCGCCCCAUUGCAAAAUAUUUGGAUUCCGAGGAGACCUGGUGAGUUCUGUUCAAUCGACCUGAGAUCAAGUGACAGAUCAUGGAGGCAUUUAUGGGCAAUUUUGCGAAAUAACAUCCUUUAUCUUCUUAAAGAGAGGCGAGAACCUUCUAAAGGGACUGUGACCGGUGAAGAACAUGUGAUAGACGUUCAGAACAGCAUGGCCAAUGUUGCUAAUGAUUACAUGAAGAGGAAACAUGUUUUAAGGCUCCUGCUCUUUAACGGAACAGAGUACCUGGUUCAGACAGAGAGCCAUGCGAGCAUGAUGGAAUGGCUCAAAGCGCUGCAGAUAUUUGCCAGACAAUUCGCUGAGCAUAUCCCGCUGAUUGUGGAGUUGUGUGUGCAGAUUGUUGAGAACAGAGGUUUGGAUGUGGUCGGAAUCUACAGGGUUCCCGGAAACAAUGCUUCUGUCAGUGUUUUAACUGACAUGGUCAACCAAGGAAUAGAUGACGUGGUUCUGCAAGAUGCCCGAUGGAACGAUGUCAACAUAGUUUCUAGUUUGCUCAAGGCGUUUUUCCGCAAACUGCCGGAACCUCUGCUCACUUCAUACCUUUACCCAAAGUUCAUCCAGGCGAGUAAGAUAGAAGAUCCCAUGAAAAGACUAAAAGCCAUCAAACAUGUGCUGUAUCAUCUGCCUGUACAUUACUUCGCCACUUUACGUUACUUAAUGUAUCAUCUGAAGAAAGUUGUUGAACAUUGUGCAACGAACAAGAUGGAAGCGAGAAACCUAGCAAUAGUUUUCGGACCCACUCUUGUACGCACUACUGAUAACAAUAUGGUCACCAUGGUUACAGAUAUGUCCCAUCAGUGUUACCUCAUUGAAUCAAUGAUAGUUUAUGCUGAAUGGCUUUUCGAAGACUGCGGUGACCUCUUACCAUUGGAAGUAAAUGCGCAGGAUAAGCGAAAAACUCAUCCCCCAUCAAACAUGCAAUCCAAUGCUCUGCUGAGUAACAUUAACAAACUAGAUGAUAACGCAUUAGAAUUACCUCAUGAAAUAUUCACAUCUUUCUACAACACUGCUGCCCGCCAUCUGAGACAUCGAAACAAGAAAAAAGAUGCAUCCGUCAACUCCAAAAAGAGAUCGGGAAUAAUAGCCGACGACAACGAAAUGCUGAUAGGCGAGAACUUGAACAGCUCCGUUACUUCCUCGCACGACAGUUCGGAAAACCAGAACUCGAUCCAGACGGAAACCAAAAAUCUCGCCGACAUGAGUUUCGGGAGCUGCUCUAGUCUGAUUUCGGGAUCUUCGAAGACAAAGCAGCGGUCCUUGUCGAAAGAGCGGGCAUCUCGCAAUGGAUCACUGGAACCACCCGUUGACUCAGAAUUGCGGUCCGAAAUGGCCGCCGAAGAGAGUGUUCCAAAUGUGGAGGAAGACCCCGUCCACCACAGGUAUAACGAGCUGAGUGCCCUGGCGCAGGAAAAGAUCAAGAAUUUCGAGCAGGAGACGAAAGCUCUGCUGCGGCGAGAUUUCCAGAGGCCCAGGACGUCUGUGGGGACUCCGCAGGUGGAAUGGGAGCAGAUAGAGAGGGAGUGGCAGAAGGCGAAAAUGGAGCUGGAGCAGGAGGACCUGUUGGAUUUCCUUGCCGACGACCCUUCUUGCCUGUCCUGUCUGUUGAACAGAGACGAGAGCGCUGUGGAUCUGUCGCCCAUGGCCGAGAGGCAAGGGACUACGUUAAAUAGAAAGAGUGAACUUCCAGGAAGUCUGAGCUCGUGUUCCAUGAGAGAAUUCCUCCACUGCGAAGAUUCCGGGAGAUUCCGCAAUUCCCGCUCGCCCGAGGAUCAAAGUGAUAAAACAGUAUUAAACAGCAGUCGCAAUAUCCUCAUGCCUCGGUCUAUCACCGAAUCUUACCGAACGAGGAACAAUAGGGCGGAGAUUUCCUCCUCUCUCAGUCAGCCCGCGCUGACUAUGGCAAUAAGUGAGAGAACUGCAAAUACCCAAGCUCGCAAAGAAUACUCAUCCGAAGAGAGCUCGACCAAACCCGAUGAUUCUUCGACUUCCAGGAGCGAAGAAAGUGAGCGUGUGACUACCGGUGAAGAAAGUGUCCCAUUGUCCUGUGGAUCUGACGUCAUCAACGCAUCGUCAUUGAGUUGA